CUAAGUCAGGUCGUUAUAAUCCUCAUCUAUAUCCUGUAAGCGUCCUGCGCAGGGUCUGGUCUAGUCUGAGGGUCUCUGCAGCACCAUGGGAGCCUCCAGUUGCAAGGCGUCUCUCCUCUCUGGGCUGCUGGUGUUCAUGCUGUGUGUCGUCUCUUCUCUCUGCCAGGAUGAAUAUUCUGGAUAUCACUCAGGUGAGGAACAUACCUAUGAAGGCUCCUUGGUUGACCCCUACGACAACUUCGCCUCUCCUCAGCCAGAGUAUCCACCUGAGCCGACUCACAGCUAUGAUGAGGACCAGAGGCCAGAGGAGGACUACGACCCUUACGGCCCUGAACCCACCCAAGUCACCAUGAUCACAGAGGACGUCUUCCCCUACGCCACUACGGCCGAGUCCCACUACGCCAAGGAGGACACAGAGACCAUGCAGGUCCCGUAUGAGUAUCCUCCAGCAGGACCAGACACCGACUCCUCUGAGGAGGAGUCUGGGGUAGACGCAGCGCUCGGGGAGGAGGAGGGGCCGACAGAGUGCGACUGUGAGCCUGGACAGCCCGGAUUCGCUGGCUUUGCAGGACCAAAGGGAUCCAGAGGUCUGCAGGGUAAAACCGGUGAGCCAGGACCUCAAGGCAGAGAGGGUUAUAAAGGAACCAAAGGGGUUCGUGGAAGAGGAGGAGACACUGGACCAGUGGGCGACGCUGGGCCUGAAGGAGAUGAAGGAGCCUCUGGUUUCUCUGGAGCCAUGGGAGAACCUGGACUUUUCGGAGACCCAGGAGAUCCAGGAGAGUUGGGUCUAAAGGGUGACAUCGGUAUGGAGGGACCUCGCGGAGGAGUCGGAGGUCCUGGUGAGACUGGCCCUCGUGGUGACCCUGGGCCUCCAGGAUCAAAGGGAGGUACUGGUAUCAAGGGGUCUCGUGGUGACGAAGGCAAAGAGGGUCCUCAGGGAGAAGAAGGACUGAAGGGUCAGAUCGGGGCUCCCGGGUUUCCAGGUGAUGUCGGCGACAGAGGAUACACUGGUUAUCCUGGACAGCCAGGAUCCGUCGGACCCAGUGGACCGAAGGGUACCAAAGGUUACAGCGGCCUGCCGGGCAGUGACGGUGACCCUGGAGAAGAUGGUCCAUUAGGAGUUCCAGGUGUGAUGGGCGAGCCCGGACUGUUUGGACCCAAGGGCAAUAAGGGAGAUCGGGGUGUAAAAGGACCUCGGGGAAGAGUGGGUGCUGUGGGACCUGGAGGAGAGCAAGGAGAUGCUGGAGUACCGGGGAAACCAGGACCGAAGGGCCUGCAGGGUCCGACUGGUGCUAAAGGUGAAACAGGACCCGAUGGUGAGAAGGGUGCAGCGGGGAAGAAAGGGAUUAAAGGUGGAAAAGGACAAAAGGGGAGCGUGGGAGACGGUGGAGACAAAGGACAGCGUGGUCCAAAAGGCACACUCGGUCGUAAUGGUAACCCUGGUCCCAAAGGACCGCCUGGAAUCCCAGGUACCAGAGGAGAGCGAGGUGCAAUUGGUGACCUGGGAGUUAAAGGCCGAGCUGGACCCAAAGGAGCUCCAGGUCGCGCUGGUCCUGGUCUGACUGAUGAACAGGUCCUGCAGCUCUGCAGAGGCGUGGUCACCGCCCAGAUCUCUCAGUACGCCGCCUCAAUCCGGGCCAAAUGCUCCCAGGGCUGCCCCAUCAACAACAGGACACUCAUCGGGCCCCCAGGAGCCCGGGGGCCGAUGGGAUCUACAGGCAAACCUGGCAAGGCAGGAAAAGCCGGACCAAAAGGAGCUAGAGGACCUCAAGGUGACAGAGGACUGGAGGGACAGAAAGGAGCGCAGGGUGACAGAGGUCAAAAGGGCUCUAAAGGCCUCGCAGGUGAUCCAGGUAAAGGUCUGCCGGGCCCCGAUGGACCGCAAGGCCUCAGAGGUUUGCCAGGUCACCCUGCAGAACCCAAAGAUGGCAUGGAGGGUCCCCGAGGUCCCCGUGGCUUCCCUGGUCCAGUUGGUCAGUCUGGUAUGCUCGGGAUCGCGGGUGUGCCUGGAUUUUGUGAGGCACGGGACUGCAGCAUUCAUGCGCCAGUGAUGCGCAAAGAGCAAGGUCUGGUGAAAGGACCGGUCAGUUCAAAGAUCUGAACCUGAGCACGAGCAAUGAGCACCACCGUGAGAUAAUAGAAGGUCAGAGAUCCACCUGAUGGCAACUUCAAGGUUUGUCUCAUUGAAUUCCAGCUGACAUUAGAACUGGUUUUAAAUGGGACAGAAAAUGUGUUUGAUUUAUGACAAGAGUUUGUUUAAAAGCUGCGAAUAAUUCUAUCCUUCGUUUAAAAUGUCAGAGGACCAAGUGUAGUGCCCUGGGGUGCUCCGCUGUGGACAGGUUUGGUAAGUAAUGGGAACUGAGAUGGAAUGAAACCAGAAAAGACUUUUCCAUCUGCGCUGGACAAAGAUUUUAGAGGUUUUAUAAAGAUCCAAACACUGUUACAACUUUAACCACACACAGUUACAUCUGAGAUGUUUCCUUAAUUUGAUAAAAACACUAAAUGAU